AUGGGGCGCUACGGCACCUUCGACGGCGGUGACGGCUCCAGCACCGGCAGCGGGGCGCGCUGCCGCGUGCGUCGUCGCCCAUCUUCUCCGCCUGCGUGCGGCGCGUCAGGCCAUGCAAGUACCAGCUCCAGCGUGAACCAUGCCGUCCCAGCAGCGAGCCGAACAUGCCUCGUGGACGAAGCCUCGGCGUCGUGGCUGUCGCGCCUCGGGUUCAUGUUCGUGGAGCCGCUCGUGGCGCUCGGGGGUGCGCGCUGUCUACGCCUGCAGGAUCUGUGGACGCUCGAGCCGGAGAACACGGCGGAGCAGGCCGAGCAGCGCUUCCGCGCCGCCUACCGCGCGUCCGGGGGCCUGCUGCCGGCCAUUUGGCAUACGGAGAGACACGCCAUCGUGUGCAGCGGCGGCCUGGGGCUGUGCUCGGCGCUGAGCGCGUGCUGCGUGCCCGUGCUACUGUUCAAGCUGCUGACGGCCGCCAUGGACCCGCGCGCGCAGCACAAGUCGGUGCUGGAGCUGCUGCUGCUGCUCGUGGGCAUCCACGUGGCCGUGAUGCUGGCCGUGCUCUUCGACCGGCACGCGCGCUUCAGGAUGUUCAAGGCGCAGCUGCGCGUGGUGGCGUGCAUCCGCCUGCUGGUGUUCGCCAAGUCGGUGGAGCGGCCGGUCAAGGGCCGACACGGCACCAGCACCAGCAUCGCGGCCAUCGCCACGCUCUACUCGUCCAACCUGGUGCAGGUGAGCUGGCUGCUCAUCCGCUUCCACGACAUGUGGACGUCCAGCGUGCAGCUCGCCGUUCUGCUCUUCAUCCUGCACCGCACGCUGCACACAAGCGCGGCGGUGAUUCUGUCGUCGCUGGCCGUCAUCAUCGGCAGUCUGUCGGUGCUCACGGCGCUGUCGGCGCGGAUGCUGCAGUGGUACACCAAGAAGCGGGCCAAGACGAUCGCCGCCGUGAACGAGUGUUUCAAGGGCAUCCAGUCCAUCAAGCUGUACGCGUGGGAAGACAAGAUCCUGUCCAAGAUCAUGUCCGCGCGUCGGAAGGAGGAGAAGCGCAAGUGGUGGGAGGCCUCCUUCCGCAUGCUGCGCUACUGCUGCGUGUGGGAGGCGCCAGCGUUCGCGUCCGUGGCCAUCUUCACGUCUCUAGCAGCGCGCGCGGGGUUCUUCUCGCCUGCCACCGUGUUCACGGCGCUGAUUCUAAUUGACCACGUCCAGGUCGAGCUGCACGGGCUGAUAAUGGGGAUCCGCGUCAUCAUCGACGGUCGCGUUGGGCUGCGCAAGAUUGACCACUAUCUGCGCUACUGCGACACGUACGCCGACAGACUCGUGGAUCUGUCCGUGGGGUAUCACUUCCCCACAACGGUAUUGGCGAAUGUGAAUCUGCGCGUGAAAGCUGGCGAGCUGGUCGUGAUCCACGGCAAGGCAGGCGCUGGCAAGACGACUCUCCUGACUGCAUUCCUGGGUGACGUUGGAUGCGUGAAGGGCAGCGUGUACCUGUCGUCGAACUACAAGGUGGCGUAUUGUUCAGAGCAACCGUGGCUACAGACACUCAGUAUCAGGGAAAACGUGCUGUUCGGCUAUGCGUAUGAUGAUGCCAAGUACUAUCGUGUGCUGGAUGCGUGCUGCCUGCUGGAAGACCUUGAAAGCCUCCCGGACGGUGACGCCACGAUGAUCGGCCCGAAGGGCAUCAACCUGUCGGGCGGGCAGAAAGCUCGCAUAGCGCUCGCUCGAACGGUGUACUCCGAUGCCGAUGUGUACCUGCUUGACCGCCCGCUUGCGAGCGCCGACGCCAUCGUGCAAAGUGACGUGUUUCGCAAAUGCUUCCUGGAGUUACUGCGGUACAAAACUGUUAUUGUAGCCACGCACAACCCAGAGGUGGUGGAAUCUGGCUUUGUCGACCGAUUAUGGUACGUCAAUGACUCGGUCGUAUCGGAGACUUGUCGAAGAGAGCCCUCUUCUGGUGCAACGAGUCGGCGAGCUCGUCGCCUUGCCGAUAUCCCGCCCUGGCGCAUCGGCCACGGUGACGAAAGCACCACCGACGACUACGCCCCUUUCGCGAUGGAUGAAGAGGAAAAGGAGCAUGUGCGGAGACGGAUUUCUCGCCCCCGAGCCGCACCCAAGGUGUCUAUAAUGCCCAAGAUUGACUUAACGCGCCGCACAAUGGAUGGAGUUGCCAAGGAGAUUUGGUGGCCGACUCAUGGACGGAACUCCACCAUCAUCACUUGCGUCCUCUUCGUCGUGUACGGUCUGGUCGAUGUGGCGAAGAACUUUGUCGGCUCCUUCGUAGUACUGCUGGUGAGCUGCGCGGUGAUAUACUACGCGCUUUCCAGACGCGCCAAGCACAUCUUCAGUGAAGUGACGCAAUCUCUGCUCCGCGCGCCCAUGUCUGUGCUGUACCAAACUCCGAUCGGUGAAAUCCUGGCGCGUUACUCGACCGACAUGCAAGUCAUCGACGGCUUGAUGUCUUUCCCCCUGAUAUUUAUGUUCCGAAGUACUGUGUCCAUUGCGGCUGCACUGGGGACAAUGUGCUACCUACUUGGUUUGACUGGCGCGAUUUUCGCGGCGCUGACUGUGUACUUGUGCCGAGGAAUGGUGGAUAAGCGUCUAUUUGCCCAAGUUUACUCGCUGAGAGCUGAACUGGAAGCUGCGGACCUGAACUUUGUGUCGGAAAUGCUGGAUGGGGCCGCUGUGAUUCGUUCGUUCGGAGCUGAGCAAGUCAACCGUGUCUGCCUACACCAUGGCAAGAUGGUGGACGACAGAUCCCGGAUCGCUACGGUCGUGGAGGUGUUUACGCAUUGGCUGUACAUUCGGUGCAGCCUUCUCGUCGCAGUGUUCCUGUUCUGCUUAGCGCUUCUCCUCGCGCACGGGGGUCUACAAGCAAGUACGCUGGGGCUCAUGCUGCAUUGUAUAUACAGCGUCCAGCGUGACUUUGUAUCGUUCUCAGUGGGCAUUUUGAACAGCUCCGUGAACAUGUUCAGCAUCGCCAACUUGAAGAAGUUUCAGCACAUCCCACCUGAAGAGGGUGCCGACCGAAAAGGUUUGCAACGGCGUCUAGGAGCGCCGCUACAAUGGCCUACCACUGGUGCAGUAGAAUUCGACCACGUGUUCUUCCGGUACGAGACGGAGCAGGACGACGACGACUUGUCAACUUGUGCGCUGAAAGACGUCUCAUUCUCAAUUUCAGGCGGAGAAAAGAUCGGUGUCGUGGGGAGAACGGGGUCGGGCAAGAGCUCCCUCGCUAUGGCGAUGCUACAGAUGCACAGCUUGCCGCGUGGUCGCAUUCUGAUCGAUGGCGCUGACAUCAGCCGACUUCAUCUGCGCGACCUUCGUAGCCGCAUCUGUAUCAUCCCUCAGACGCCAUUGUUCUACCGUUGCUCCAUUCGCCGCUAUUUGGACCCGUUCAAGGAGUUCGAUGACGAUGCGUUGUGGGACGUGCUCGUUAAGACUGGGCUCUGUGAUACACCCGGACCGACUACCGCCAUCGACGAAGAAGUACCUAACGAGGUUUACACUGCGGAGUCCUCUAGCCGAGUGGUGGUGACGACGUUGGACAUAAAGUUGGCCGAGAACGGAGAAAACUGGAGCAUGGGCGAACGGCAGAUGCUGGUGUUAGCGCGCUCGUUGUUGAAGCCUGCGCGCGUACUUAUCCUGGACGAGGCGUUCUCUUCAGUCGACCAAGAGUGCGACAAGAGGCUGCUGGAGGUCAUCGAGAAGGAAUUCGCGAGCUCAACCAUUUUCCUCAUCACCCAUCGGUUGGACCAGGUCCUCGGCUUCGACCGCAUCAUCGUCAUGCAGGAUGGGGCCGUCGCCGAGUGCGGAGCCGCUGAGGACCUCGUCACGGACCCUGAUAGCGCGUUCUACGAGUUUUUGGAGACCACGUUGCUUACAUAUUGA